CAUUUCAUUUUUUCCUGUGUGUCACUACAAUGGUCAGAAAGCCUGUCGUGUCCACCAUCUCCAGUGGAGGUUACCUGCAGGGGAAUGUUAAUGGGAAGCUGCCUUCCUUGGGUGGCAAGGAGCCCCCUGGGCAAGAGAAAGUGGUGCUGAAGAAGAAAAUCACUUUGCUGAGGGGCAUCUCCAUCAUCAUUGGCACAAUCAUUGGAGCAGGAAUCUUCAUCUCUCCCAAGGGCGUGCUCCAGAACACGGGCAGCGUGGGCAUGUCUCUGAUUAUCUGGACAGUCUGUGGGGUCCUGUCACUAUUUGGAGCCUUGUCCUAUGCUGAGUUGGGAACAAGUAUAAAGAAAUCUGGUGGUCAUUAUACAUACAUCCUGGAGGUCUUUGGCCCAUUACCAGCUUUUGUACGAGUCUGGGUAGAACUGCUCAUAAUACGCCCUGCAGCCACUGCUGUGAUUUCUCUGGCCUUUGGACGCUACAUUCUGGAACCCUUUUUUAUUCAAUGUGAAAUUCCUGAACUUGCAAUCAAGCUCAUUACAGCUGUGGGCAUAACUGUAGUGAUGGUCCUAAACAGCAUGAGUGUCAGCUGGAGCGCCCGGAUUCAGAUUUUCCUAACCUUUUGCAAGCUCACAGCAAUUCUGAUAAUUAUAGUCCCUGGAGUUAUGCAGCUAAUUAAAGGGCAAACACAUCACUUUAAAGAUGCCUUCUCAGGAAGAGACGCGAGUAUUAUGGGGUUGCCACUGGCUUUUUAUUAUGGAAUGUAUGCAUACGCUGGCUGGUUUUAUCUCAAUUUUGUUACUGAAGAAGUAGAAAAUCCUGAAAAAAACAUCCCCCUUGCCAUAUGUAUAUCCAUGGCCAUCGUCACCAUUGGCUAUGUGCUAACAAAUGUGGCCUACUUUACAACCAUUAGUGCUGAGGAGCUGUUGCUUUCAAAUGCAGUGGCGGUGACCUUUUCUGAGCGGCUACUGGGAAAUUUCUCAUUAGCAGUUCCGAUCUUUGUUGCCCUUUCCUGCUUUGGCUCCAUGAAUGGUGGUGUGUUUGCUGUCUCCAGGUUAUUCUAUGUUGCGUCUCGAGAGGGUCACCUUCCAGAAAUCCUCUCCAUGAUUCAUGUCCGCAAGCACACUCCUCUGCCAGCUGUUAUUGUUUUGCACCCUUUGACGAUGAUAAUGCUCUUCUCUGGGGACCUCUACAGUCUUCUGAAUUUCCUCAGUUUUGCCAGGUGGCUUUUUAUUGGGCUGGCGGUUGCUGGGCUGAUUUAUCUUCGAUACAAACACCCAGAUAUGCAUCGUCCUUUCAAGGUGCCGCUGUUCAUCCCAGCUUUGUUUUCCUUCACGUGUCUCUUCAUGGUUGCCCUUUCUCUGUAUUCGGACCCAUUUAGUACAGGAAUUGGCUUCAUCAUUACUCUGACUGGGGUUCCUGCAUACUAUCUCUUUAUUAUAUGGGACAAGAAACCCAAGUGGUUUAGAAGAAUGUCAGACAGAAUAACCAGAACAUUGCAAAUAAUACUGGAAGUUGUACCAGAAGAAGAUUGUCAUAAAUUAUGAAUUAAUGCAUCUGAAAUCUUGGCAAUCUAUUCUUGGCCUUGUGUCUGCCCAGAGGGCUGAAACAAAAUGUGCAUCUUCAGGCAUUUUAUGAAAAUCCAGAGGAUUGCAACUUUGGUGAUGGACUAAAGGAAUCAGUUGUUGCUAUUCCUAUCUUUUAAUGUGUUCAAGCUGGUUUCUAAGAAAUUUAGUUUUAACUCCAGGUAGUUACUGAAAGCAGAUGUGUUAUGCAAGUAUUCAAUGAGUUCACAUGAUUUUGGAAGUUCUGAUACCUACGUGAAGUGAGAGGAAAAAGAUUACUGAGUGAACAAUUCCUUUAGUGAUCUUUGUAACAUAUCUCAUCAUGAACACCGAGAUGUUUUCUGUGUAUAUGGCUUUUAUAGAAAUAAUUUUUAUAUACUGUAGAUGACUAUACUGUGAAAAGUGUUUUCUGCUCUUUUGGGGGGGAAAUUGUACAUCAUCAUUCUGAACUGAGGAAAGAAAGAAAUACAUUUUAUGUUGGCAUUGCAUUGCUUCCUCUUAGACACCAACUUAGAUAUCACUCAUCUUUUACUGCAUUACACCCAGAGCAUUCUGAACAAACGACAGAGAGGAAAUGCCUAAUUUUAAUGAAUACAUUAAAAAAGAGUUUCCAGGGGCUAUUGUUUAUGAGAAAAAUCCAGGAAUUUUGUCUAAAAAUUCUGAU